AUGAACUCAGUGUUGAAAUCUCUGGAAAUACAAGGCCUCGAAGCACAGUACAUCAAACUACUCAGAGAUAUGAACUCUGGAUGCGCAACAGAUAGAGCUCUGCUAUCACAACCACCAAGGGUCCCAAUUGGGAAGAAUAUUAAGAAAGGAGAUACUUUUUACUGCAUCAGUGGCAAGCAACAAACAUACCUCCAAUUUGUAGAUGACGUACUCAUCGCUGAAACCACAGCCCAGCUGCAGACCAUGGUGAUACAGAUAAACGCUCAGAGCUUAGCAGUAGUUAUUGAUGAAAAUGUCAUCGGUAAUAUGCCACAAAAGGAUAUCAUUCAUGAGAUGAUAGAACAUCCAACUAUAAGUGAGAUCAAAAAGACAAUCAAAGAAUUAAAUACUGGGAAGGUACCAGGUCUUGACGGUAUUCCUGUUGAAAUUCUCCUUCACGGGAGUAAUAGGCUUGCUGUAGAGAUCCAUCAUCUAAUAUCGGACAUCUGA